AUGGGCAUCUGUAAAUCUCAAGCUAUACCAUAAGCAAAAGAUGAAUUAGAAAUAAGACAUGUAGAAAAGAAGCCAUCUCAAGACCAAAUAAAAUUAAAACAAGAAAAAGAGGAAAAUGAAGCAGCAUUGAAAAUCCAAAGCACUAUUAGGGGAAAGAAAGCCAAAUAAGAGUUGGAAAAACAAAAGGAGGAACUAAUAUAAGACAAACCUUAGGACUGGACAGAAUAUCACUAAGAAUUUAUUGAACCGCAAUUGCCGGCUUACUUUAAAGAGAAAGUUAAUUAUAAACCAACUAAUCAAAAUCGCUUCUUUCCUCCAUACUUAGAACCAGAUGGAACAAUCUACAAUGGAUAAUGGAAUAAAGGCGAAUAAAAUGGGUUUGGAUAAAUGUUAAAACCUGAUGGCACAUAUCUAAAAGGAUUGUGGAAAAAAGGCAUCUUCUCUGAAGGAGGAGUACUUUAUCCUAACGGGGAAUUUUUUAUAGGAAAUACAAAAUAAGGAGAGCGAUGCUUUACCAAUGGAAUAAUUUAUAAAGGCGAAGCAGACUAUGGAAUUCCUCAUGGCAAAGGGGAAGAAAUAUAUCCGGAUGGCAGCAAAUCUGAAGUGUAAUAUAAAUGCGGCAGAAAGGUAUAAGACUCAAAACAGAAGAAUUAAUGACUAUAUUUCUUAUAGAAUUUUAAAAUAAAUGUAGUUAUAAUUAUUU